AUGGGGUCACCUACCCCUGCGACCCCGGCCCCCGAGCCCUCCAUCUUCUGCACCACAGCGGACGGGGAGCAUGGCGUGUGGAGCGGGCCGCCGCCGCGGUGCGGAGUCUUGCAGUGCUCUCACCCUCCAGCCAUUGCCAACGGAAAGCACAGUGGCCAAGCCACGGCAGUUUUCGCCAGCGGCAUGUCCGUGAGCUACGCCUGCGAUCCUGGCUACAUUCUUGUUGGAGAGGCACAGCUUCAUUGGCGGCUGUGUCCCUCCCCGUCAGCAAUUGACCACGGCCAGCACGAUGGCAAGGAUGUGAAAGUGUUCAUCCCUGGAAAGUCUGUAAAUUACAGCUGUGACCCCGGCUAUUCUCUUAUUGGAAAAACAACUCUAUACU